CAGGAAACUUUAUGAAACUUCAAAUCAAUGAUGACGCUUCUUCCGCUGGAUCCCACUUCUUUGUGGACAGGGGAAAUCAACUGUCUCCUCUACCUUUGUCUAACCUGCCACCGAGUUGUGGAUACGUGGUCACCUCCUCGAGGAGGGACUUUGUCUUGACUGCACCUUACGACGGCUGCUUUGUUUCUCUUCAGGAGGACUGUUAUGUUCUCCCCCUGCGUUGGUGUGGACUCCCCGUGAAGAUGACAUGCCCUAUAAUGAAACCAUCUUCAUCUACCCCACCAAUGGUCUCCUGUCACUCAGAGGGCAUGGUUGUAAAAACAGAAUGGACGGUCCCUGUUGCUAAGAUUCAAGUAAAAGUGAGUGGUCUCUGGGAGCCCCUGAUGAAGGCCUCAUCCAAAUGUGGGUUUAGUGUAGUUGUGCAUCCUCAGGGUGUAGUCAUCUCUGCUUAUUUUCUACCAUGUCUGGAAAAGAAGGAUGAAAUGUACAUACUUGAACUAUCCGGAGAGGGGGAAAUUAAAAUAUCCUGUCCUUCAAUGUCUGCCACCCAACCCACAAAAGAUCCUUCAAAAGUUCCAGAAAGGCAACCUGAAAUGCAGAGCCAACGGACACAACAUUUCAUCCUGCCGCAGAUCCCACAGAGUCCCAUCCAGCCCCAAAUUUCACAACCGUAUUUACCAGUUAACCAGGGACAAGGUUUACCUCAGAUCCCGGAAGUGCCCCAACUGAAACCAAAGUGGCCAAAGGGUAUUGAGCCACCUCAGCCUUCUCACUAUUCUCAAAACCCCUAUUUCUUUUACCCUGUUCAAAACAAUAAACUUGUACCUACUACACAGCCACGUACUUCUCCUUUAAUUUGGUCAACUAAAAGCAAACAACCGAAGGUACCACUGACUCCUCAAGGACAGGUGCCAUAUUUCCCAAAUGCCUGGCUUCCCCAACUAGGACAAUUAACAGAAACCAGAUCUUCAGUUCAAGCCCCAGCCCCCAAACCAGUAAAUGGUGAAAUAGGGAAACCUUUUUACUACCAACCUUUUUAUAAGCAACCAAAACGUGAUUCUUUUGUACAGAGUCCUGAACUAAAACCUCCCCCUACAGUAGCCCCAUCUACUCAAACUGAGGGCCAAAGACAACAGUUUUACCCUUUCACCUACAAGCCUCAACAACCCAAGUCUGACAUUUCUCCGAAACAGCCAACCAGACUAAUUGACCAGCCUCCUUACCAAUUUCCAUUCUGGCUUUUUUGCCCCUUCCCAUCAGCGUUGCCACCUACACAGCAAAUUCCUAUCUUGGAUCCCAAGGGUCAAGAAAGGCAACCUCCAACCAGCCUCCACUCUCAACUACAGCCUGGUGAGAAGCCAAUCGCCGUACCACUUCCAUCACAGCUGGGUACAGCUGAAGGCCAGGUACCCCAGUUUCCCUCCUCCUACUGUCCCCAGCCAAACAUACCAGGACGACCUGACCCACAACCACCCCAGCCUGAUGCCACUCAAGGCCAGGUACCAUAUCACCCGUACUUCUUCUGUCCUCAGCCAAGCAUACCAGAGAUGCCUGCCCCACAACCAGCAAAGCCUGAUGCCAGUAAGGAACAAGUGCCACAGUAUCCCUAUUUCUACCCCCUGCCAAACAUACCUGAAAAACCAACUCCUGCCCAACCACCACAACCUGAUGCCACUGAAGGCCAGGUACCCCAGUUUCCCUACUACUACUGUCCCCAGCCAAACAUACCAGGAAGACCUGACCCACAACCACCCCAGCCUGAUGCCACUCAAGGCCAGGUACCAUAUCACCCGUACUUCUUCUGUCCUCAGCCAAGCAUACCAGAGAUGCCUGCCCCACAACCAUCAAAGCCUGAUGCCACUAAGGAACAGGUACCACAGUACCCCUAUUUCUACUCUCUGCCAAACAUACCUCAAAAACCAACUCCUGCCCCACAACCACCAAAGCCCGAUGCCACCAAGGAACAGGUACCACAGUUCCCUUAUUUCUACCCUCUGCCAAACAUACCUCAAAAACCAACUCCUGCCCCACAACCAUCAAAGCCUGAUGCCACUAAGGAACAGGUACCACACCACCCCUAUUUCUACUCUCUGCCAAACAUACCUCAAAAACCAACUCCUGCCCCACAACUACCAAAGCCCGAUGCCACUAAGGAACAGGUACCACAGCACCCCUAUUUCUACCCACGGCCAAACAUUCCUGAAAAAUCAACUCCUGCCCCACAACCCGAUGCCACUAAGGAACAGGUACCACAGUUCCCCUAUUUCUACCCACGGCCAAACAUUCCUGAAAAAUCAACUCCUGCCCCACAACCCGAUGCCACUAAGGAACAGGUACCACAGUAUCCCUAUUUCUACCCUCUGCCAAACAUUCCUGAAAAACCAACCCCUGCCCCACAACCUGAUGCCACUCAGGAACAGGUACCACAGUUCCCUUGUUUCUGCCCACGACCAAACAUACCUGAAAAACCAACUCCUGCCCCGCAACCUGAUGCCACUAAGGAACAGGUACCCCAGUUCCCUUAUUUCUACCCACGCCCUAACAUACCUGAAAAACCAACUCCUCCCCCGCAACCUGAUGCCACUAAGGAACAGGCACCACAGUUCCUCUAUUUCUACCCACGGCCAAACAUUCCUGAAAACUCAACUCCUGCCCCACAACCCGAUGCGACUAAGGAACAGGUACCACAGUAUCCCUAUUUCUACCCUCUGCCAAACAUUCCUGAAAAACCAACUCCUGCCCCACAACCUGAUGCAAGUAAGGAACAGGGUGAUCAAGCAUCUGUAAACCUGUCCCAACACCUUGUAAGGGAUCCAAAGAAGCCCAUGCAGAAGACCAUUAAAUCCAAUCCUGAAUCAAAGGGUUCUGGCAGAAGUCUCGGCAGCUUCAGUGAAGACGCUCUGCCUUCAGGACCCCUCUCUUAUAUACCCCAACCCUGGCACACCGAGAGGCUGGGAAAACAAUCCAGUUCUUUACCCGCCGAUGGUAAAGACACACGUGGAGGCCCAUUACUUCUGAAGUGUCCAACCAAAGGAAUCCACUCCAUCAAUCUGGAAAAGGAUUUCAAUGAUGGCGAAUGGCAGGAAGGCCUGUAUGUGCUCAACGGGAGGCAGUAA